AUGGGCUUUGAUUCAAAACAAUGGCCACCUACAAAACAAGGUCUCAAAGAUUUGCUUCACCAUUUGAAACUAAUUGGCCUAAAGCAUGGAAGUGAAUUUACCUAUGAUGCCUCAAAAGGAUGGUUGACCUGUUAUAGAUCAAAGCCAUACAAAGGGACGAAACUACAGGACUUGGAGCAAUUCAAUGUAAAAGGAGUCCUUCUCCAAUACCGUCACAAGUCCUACCAUCACGAUUGUUUGAGAAAUCGUCCAGAUGGCCAAACCUGUCCCCGAGCUACGCACACUUCAAAGGGCAUUACAGGAGACAAGUUGUGCUCCUGCAGACUAAGACUACGUAUUCAUAGCAGUAAAAAGGAAGGUGAUCAAUCCUAUAUCUACAUCUCUUGUAAAGGAGACACACUCCACAAAUACCAUGCCAAACCUGCAGCCGAGUUACCAAUAAAAGCACACAACCUCACUGCAGAAGCUCGACAAAUAGUCUGUGCCCAACAGAAGGCAGCAGUUACAGGUACGCAAUUUUGGAAGAUGCUUCUUGAGUUGAAGCAUGGCUAUGUUUCUAGGUCUGCGACUCGAUCCGUCAUGAUAACUUCACCAGAAUACAUUGCAGCCAAAGCUGCCGAUGGAGCAAACUCGUCUGCCGCAGACUUUAUACAGUGGUUGCAAACCCAGGCGGGGAAUCCAGAGGUCAAUCUGCACUAUACCGUCCUAUCCUAUGAGAUGACACCAACUCAUGGAGACCUAGUUCAGGGCACUAUUAGUAAUCCAAAGGGCAGAAGGUCUAAGACAAAUCCACCGCCAAAUACUAAGACUGUGAUGAGAAACCUGACGUAUUCAAACACCCUACAAAGUCCAGUGCCUGGAGACAAACCUGUUGCUACUAGCUAUACCCCAUCUAUUUCAGCGGACACAAUUACCCAGAGGGAGGACUUGCAUGCUAUUGUGCAACCUACCAAUGUUGCGAACUUAAAUGUGGACAAACUGGUUGAAGGGAAUUCCAUGGUUUCAAGGGAUAGAAACAGAUCCCUUUUCAUUUUGGCACAGCAACAUAAGCAACAAGCCAAAGUACUAUCCCACUUCAGCCAAUCGAGACCCAAUAAAAAGGCAACACCCACGAAGGACAAGACGAGAAAACCUACUCCUCUACCAAUUGUAAGUCCACCACCAAUGGGUCCUGGGGGUCUGGCUGCAAUGCGGCAAGCAGUUCAUGCUGCUGCAGCUCCAAUGACCGUUUUACGUCCACAUUGA